GUCUCAACCAACAUAGGUCUGUCUUGCGCCUAUGGAACUACAACUCCCAGCUUACUCCCCUAGCAGAGCAGUGAUCCAAGGGUUGGGCAGACUUUCAUUUCUCGGUAGAUGCAGGAGUUUCGGUUUUGUUUCCCCUUCUUCCUUCUCCUCCCAUCUCAGGCCACUACAUAAAGCUGCAUCAUCCCCUCUGCUACAUCAUCCGCCUGACUCUCCAGACCGAGCUCUGCACUGCCUGCAGAAUGUCAAGCUACUUAUAUGACAACUAUGAGGAGAAGAUCCGCCCAUGUAUUGACCUCAUUGACUCCUUGAGGUCACUUGGGGUGGAGAAGGAUCUGGCGUUACCUGCGAUCGCCGUGAUCGGGGAUCAGAGUUCUGGCAAAAGUUCCGUUCUAGAGGCUCUGUCUGGAAUCACACUCCCUAGAGGCAGCGGUAUUGUCACUCGAUGUCCAUUAGAGCUAAAACUUAUCAAAGGUAAAAGGGAUUCAGAAUGGCGGGGGAAGAUCAGUUAUCUGACCAUCAACCAGGAGCUGGAGAAGCCUAUAGAGGUGGAGAAGGAGAUCAUGAAAGCUCAAGAUGCAAUGGCCGGUCCAGGUCUGGGGAUCAGCUCUGAGCUUAUAAGCCUUGAGGUGGUAUCUCCUGAUGUUCCUGACCUGACUCUCAUUGAUCUCCCUGGAAUUGCUAGAGUUGCUAUAGGGAACCAACCAAAAGACAUCGGGGACAAGAUUAAAAGGCUCAUAAAGAAGUAUAUUGAGAAGCAAGAGACGAUCUGUUUGGUUGUGGUGCCCUGCAAUGUUGACAUUGCCACAACUGAAGCACUUGAGAUGGCACGAGAAGUGGAUCCAAGUGGAGAGAGAACAUUGGGAAUCCUAACGAAGCCAGAUUUAUUAGACAAGGGAACCGAGGAAGACAUUGUUAACAUAGUAAACAAUAAUGUCAUCCACCUGAAGAAAGGCUACAUGAUUGUGAAAUGUCGAGGACAGCAGGAGAUCCAGGAGAGAUUGUCACUGAAAGAAGCCAUUGAGAAGGAGAAGGACUUUUUCGAAGAUCAUGAGUUUUUCUGUGACCUUUGGAAGGAGGAGAAGGCUACCAUCCCAUGUCUAGCUCAACGACUCACAACCGAACUGGUGGAGCACAUCAAUAGAUCACUUCCAACAUUGGAGGAUCAGAUUAAAACCAAACUUCAGGCCACAAAAGAUGAGCUAGAAAAGUGUGGAAGAGGUGUCCCCGAGGAUGAGAGCGAGAGACUGUCCUUCCUGGUGGAGAGAAUUCAGCAAUUUAACCUGGACAUUGCCCAAGUUAUUCAAGGAGAGGAAUCUGUGUCACUUACAAAGACCCCCAAGCUUUUUUCCAGAGUUCGGACGUUCUUCAAUACUUGGCAAGGGGAACUGGAUGAUUCUAUCAGGAGGUUUAACGCUGUGCUCAAAGAUGAAAUUGAAGAAUUUGAGAAAUUGCAUAGAGGCAGAGAACUCCCAGGAUUUAUUAACUAUAAGACAUUUGAAGCGAUCGUGAAAGAAAAGAUUGGAGCCAUGGAAGACCCUGCCAGAGAAGUGCUGAAAACUGUGACGGACAUUGUACGAAAAACAUUCAAUGAAAUUGCCUUGGAACAUUUUCACAACUUCAGUAAUCUAUGUAAAGUUACUAAGACUAAAAUUGAAAACCUGAGACAAGUGCAGGAAGAUGCAGCAGACAAUCUUGUCAAAGUCCAGUUUUUGAUGGAGAAAAUGGUCUAUUCCCAAGACAAAUGUUACAGAUAUGAGCUUGAAACCAUCUUUAAAAAUAACGCUCCUCAGGAAAACACUGUUCUGUCUAUGUAUGCAAUCCAUACAAAUGUGCUUGACCUCUUCCAGUGUUCUGUCAAAGAGAUGACCCAUCAUGUAGAGGCGUAUUUUAAGGGGGCGACAGACCGGCUUGCCAAUCAGAUUCCUCUGAUCGUCCAGUUUUACAUGUUACAAGAAUAUGGGAAGCAGCUCCAGAAGGAAAUGCUGCAGCUUCUACAAGUGAGGGAAGAACACGAGUCUCUUCUGAAUGAAAAUAAAGAUCUGACAAGUACCAGGAACUUCUUGAAGCAAAGGAUCCAUCGGUUGUCUGAGGCCCAUAAACGUCUACUCCGCUUCCCGGGCUAAACAAUCAACUUAGAGCAACCCAUUCCAGAGGGCAUAAACAUUAGUGUUGAGCACGAAUAUUCGUAAUGCGAAUUUAUUUCUCGCAUAUUAGCACUUCGCGAUUUCACUAAUAUUUAGAAUAUAGCGCUAUAUAUUCAUAAUGUUCGUAAUGUUAAAACGAAUAUUCUUAAUAAUUUUUUUUUUCACAUGCAAAUUUUUAUGCAGAUUUCCCAUGCAAAUUUUCAUUUUUUGCUUUUUUUU